AUGCCCGCGAACAGAAAGCCUGUCGUCAAGACCUUGGAUGAGCUGUGUGAGCUCAUCGCCGGGCUGAACCAGGCCUCCCCAGAGCUCUGGCGCGAAGCUGCAGGCACAGUUGAUGUAGAAGGCCUUCGCCGGCGCGCAGGAGAACUGGCCAAGCUGGGCCGUCGUGCUGCGAGCGCCGAGGCCAAGGCCUCGGUGCCACUGCUGCUUGCUGCCAGCUGCUUGGCCUUCAUCGCAGCCUUGGCCUGGGUUCCUGCGCUGAGCUACGACUUCGAGGGAGGCUUCUUCAUGGAUGAUGCUAUGAUCAAGAAAAAUCCCAACGUCUAUGAAUCGCUGAAUUGGCGUCGCAUAUUCCGGACGGACUACUGGGGCCUUGACAUGUUCGAGGGUCCUUGGACCCAUAAAUCUUUCCGACCUUUGACCGUGCUCUCCUUCCGCUGGAAUCAUGCGGUUCACGAGUUUGGUGGUUCUGGCUUCCACAUCGUCAAUGUUGUGCUGAACGCCGCUUGCGCGGUGCUCCUUGCCGUAUUCGGGCAGCGCAUUGGUGUCAGCCUGGACUGGGCUGUGCUGCUGGGGGGGCUCUUCCUAGCGCAUCCGGUGCACACAGAGAGCGUGCUCUACAUCGUGGGCAGGGCCGACCUCCUUUGCCUCUUGCUGGUGCUGCUGGCAGCCCUGAUCUAUGCACCCUGCAUCAAAGAAAAAGCCGGCUUUGGUAUGCUAGCACCAGCGCUCUCAAUUUCGGCUGCUGUGCUGCUGGUGGCAGCCGGGCUCUGCAAAGAGACAGGCUUCUGCUUCUUUGGGCUGCUGGCCGGUUGGGAGAUUCUCCGAGGUCUGACGAGCACCAGCCAGUCGCAAGUCUUCCGGGCACUCCGCUUGCUGGCCAUCUUGGCUAUGGGAACCAUUUCCUGUGGCGUGAGAGUUUGGUACACAGGUGGGACUGCAAUCGACAACAUGGAUCCGCACAGCAACCCCGUCGCUGUCCACAGUGAUCGAUGGGUUCGCGUGCGAACCUACGCCUUGCUGCAUGGCAUUUACGCCAAGCUUUUGGUAUGUCCAACCUUCCUUAGCUACGACUACUCCUUUGAUGCCAUUCCUCUCGUUUUUGAUUCCGCAGACCUGCGAUUGAUGUUGCCGGUAACAGCUUACCUCGGAUUUGCCAUCCUAUUGGUCCUGUCACUUGGAGUGCUGCGGCCAAAGGGUGGUCGCCCUCCGGCAGAAGGUCCUAUUAUCGGGCUCGCCAUUCUCGUGCUGAGCUUCGUUCCCAUGUCGAAUGUGCUCUUUCCAGUUGGCACGAUGAUCGGUGAACGGCUGCUCUACAUCCCUUCGGCAGGCCUGCUUACAACCCUCGUUUGCCUGGCCCAUCGGUCAAGCUCCCCGCGGCUCUUCGCAUCUCUGCUGCUUUUAGCUGGAGGUCUCGCUGUUUGGCGCUGCGCCCUGCGCGUCCCAGAAUGGAAGGAUUCUGACACUAUCACCACUGCUGAUGGGUUGACCCAGCUGCACUCAGCGAGGGUGCAGUUCAACCUCGCCAACGUGUAUUUGAAGGCUAAGAAAUAUGAUGAUGCGCUGGCUACAUACCAGCGUUCCAUCACAAUUGAUCCCACAGAUCAUGAUGCCCUGCCUCUUUACCAUGCUGGCCAGAUCCUCUUCUUCAAGGGGCAGCAUCAAGAAGCUGCCAGGUAUUUGGAGAAGGCCGUCAAUGGCUUUUUCAGCCCCUUGACGAUUCAGGAGGAAGAAAUCUGGCACGACUACGCGCUCUCCCUGUGGCAGGCCUCAAUCGCCCACUUUCAGAAAGCCCUGGCAAUAAACCCAGGCUUCACCAAGGCAUUGAACAACAUGGCCUGUGCUGCUGGGCUCGGUGCUGUCACGGGCGUGCUGCCAAAGGAGUACUACCAGCAUGCCAUCAACGCGUUGGACCAGGCGGUGAGGAUCGAUCCCAGCAGUGUGCUGUACUGGCGCAAUGCUGUUGCCUUGAUGGUGGCAGGCCGCAUGCUGGAAUUAGAUGAGUUUUGA